GCGUGUAACCUUGUGCUGCUGCACAGAAGUGUAGUAAGAAACUGGUGUGAACACAGACUUGACCAUUUUUAUGGUUUUUAUAGCCUCAUUUUACAGAAAUGAGUAAAUACAUUUUACCGGUGUCGGUUUUCGGAACGGUGGCGGGAUGCGCUGUGUUACUGAAACAAUAUGUGACUGGGGGCCGGUGUCCCAGUAAGGCUACCAUUCAUGGCAAGACGGUAGUGAUAACAGGUGCCAACACGGGAAUUGGAAAAGAGACAGCUGAAGCACUGGCAAAGAGAGGGGGGCGGAUCAUCAUGGGAUGCCGCGACAUGGAGAAGUGCCAGGCUGCAGCCAAGGAGAUAAGAGGGAAAACCCUUAAUUCCAACGUGGACGCCUUCCACCUGGAUCUGGCUUCCAUAAAGUCUAUCCGAGAAUUUGCAGAAAGAAUCAAACAAGAGGAGAAGCGCGUGGACAUACUGAUCAACAACGCAGGGGUCAUGAGGUGUCCGGCGUGGAAGACGGAGGACGGCUUCGAUAUGCAGUUUGGCGUCAAUCACUUGGGCCACUUCUUGUUGACAAAUCUCCUGCUGGAGAAGUUGAAAGAGUCCGCCCCCAGCAGAGUGAUCAACGUGGCCUCGCUCGCCCACAUCAUUGGAAAGAUUGACUUCGAGGACUUGAACUGGGAGAAGAAGAAGUUCGAUACCAAGCAGGCGUACUGUCAGAGCAAGCUUGCCAACGUUCUGUUCACUCGAGAACUCGCCAAGCGAUUACAAGGCAAACUCCGCUGGCUGCUGCAUUAG